AUGUAUGUUCGGUACUGCAACCCCAGAUUUCGUUAUCUUGUUUUCCACUACUCACAAUACAACAUGGAUGAAGCUAUUAAGACUCGAAAUGGGCGAGAAUUAGAGGAUUUGGACAAUGAUAUACAGCAAGUGAACAUCUACAAGCAAAAUUUGCGUUCCCUCAAGCGACAGAAAGUCGAAGGAAGCUUGAGUCAAGAAUGUGCAAAAGAUUCGCAACAGCUAGGAGACACAGACACAAAACUGAAUGAUGAUCUGUUACAAGUGCAAGAGAAUGGCGAGGAUGUAACAAUUAAGGAACCAACACAGCUAUCACAUGAGGAUAGAGACCUCGAUUCAGAAGACAAAUCUAUAGUAGCUGAAAAGGAAGCGAUUUCACAGAAAAUAGAGAUUCUACGAGAAAAUGAGCCUUCGAAUACAAACUCUUCCAAGGAUGAUGAGGGGCUUGAAGAUGAGUGGAGGACCGAGUCCGAAUUCUACAAAUCAGUGGACGCAAAGACGUUCCGCCAGUACGACUUGGCCUGUGACCGUGUGAAGGAAUUCUACGAACAGCAACACCGACUUCAAACAGUAGCUUUCAACAUUCAGGCGAGAAUCAAUUUUAAAGCCAAAGUCCGGGCCAAGAUGACUGUAUGGGAAGGUUUAGAGAAACUCAACAAACUUCUAGACGAGAGUGAUCCCGAUACUGAGCUAAGCCAGAUAGACCAUGCACUUCAAACUGCAGAAGCCAUCAGAAGGGACAAAAAGCCUCGAUGGAUGCAGCUUGUUGGACUUAUUCAUGAUCUCGGAAAACUACUAUAUUUCUUCGACUCCAAGGGUCAAUGGGAUGUGGUAGGUGAUACAUUUCCAGUGGGAUGCAGCUUUCUGACAAAGAUAAUUUUCUCCGAGAGUUUUCGUCGCAACCCCGAUUAUCUCGCACCAUCAUACAAUACUAAGUUUGGAAUCUAUAGUGAGAAUUGUGGAUUGGACAAAGUCAUGCUCAGUUGGGGCCACGAUGAGUACAUGUAUCAUAUUGCCAAACUCAACUCCACAAUACCGCCGGAGGGCUUGGCUAUGAUUCGAUACCACUCGUUCUAUCCUUGGCAUCAAGAAAAUGCCUACCAAUAUCUCAUGAAUGACUAUGAUAAAGAAAUGUUGAAAGCGGUAAGAGCAUUUAACAAAUAUGACCUAUACUCGAAGGCCGAUGAGCAAUACAAUGUUGAGCAACUCAAGCCGUAUUAUUUGGAUCUCAUCGAUGAAUUUUUCCCAAAAAAGACAAUUGAUUUUUGA